AUGGCCCGCCUUUCCUACAUCAACUCGAUCCUAAAGAAUCCAAAACAUGUCGCGGAUGAUAUCCAUGGGGUGGCUAUGUCUUCGGACAACGGAGGUUACCUAAUGGAAAUAUCUAUCGGCACACCACCUGUCAAGCAACUGGCUUUCGCGGAUACAGGCAGCGAUCUCAUAUGGACACAAUGCAGCCCAUGCCAUAAAUGUUUCAAGCAAGAAAGCCCGAUUUUCGAUCCCAAAAAAUCUUCAACUUUUAAGGUUUUGUCAGUGAGCAAGUGUACUUACAACACAUCUUACGGCGACACUUCUUACAGCAACGGAGAAUUAGCGUCGGAAACCAUAACCGUCGGGAAAACGUCGCUCCAUAAGAUCGCUUACGGCUGCGGUCACAAUAAUCAAUUUACGGCCUUUUCUAAGAUGUCGGCUGGAAUUGUCGGACUAGGAGGUGGGUCUCUUUCUCUGGUCGGACAAAUCAGCAAUUCGAUCGACAACAUGUUCUCGCAUUGUUUAGCUUUUCACGAUUUCUCCAAGCCGCCAGACAAGAAUUUGACAAGCAAGAUCAGUUUCGGAAAACACGCGGUGGUUUCAGGGCCGGGUGUGGUGAAGAUCCCGUUGGUUCCUCAAUAUCCGGCGACGUUUUAUUACAUAAAACUGAUAAGUUUAAGAGUCGGGGAUACGGAAAUAUCGGCGUCUUCUUUCUUUUUUAAGGAUGGUGUUAAUUUAAUAGUUGAUUCAGGGACAACGCUUACUUUAUUGCCAAAUCAUGUUUAUUAUAAACUAGAGGCGGCUGUAAAGAGACAGACUCCUGAUAAACAAGUUAAGAAUUCGGAAUAUAAGGUUUGUUAUAAGAAUCGUAAGAAUUUUAAGGCUCCGAGGAUGACUGCUCAUUUCUCAGGGGGGGUUGAUUUGGAAAUGGCGCAGAAUGCUACCUUUUUUGCUGCGAAUAAGGAUGUGAUUUGUUUGGGAUUUGUGCCUGGUGGUUUUACGGGAAUAUGGGGGAAUUUGUUACAGAUGGAUUAUUUGAUUGGUUUUGAUCUUCUUAAUGGAGAAGUCUCUUUUAAGAGAACUGAUUGUGGGUUGUAUCAGGGACCAUCAUGA